AUGCGUGCAGGCCGGGCCGUCCGACACCAGCAGCUCCAAACAGCUCUAAAACGGAAGCGGUCCGAAGAACGUGACGGUGUCGUCAAAAAACCCAAAGACGAAGAGGACACCGCAAAGAAGCUCCAAGAAACUGAAGAAGCGCUCAGAUCUCUAUCGGGCGCCGGAUUGUUCCUCCAGAGCAACGGAGACGAUCCGGCCGACACACCGUUCGUCGAUCUCUUCGAAAAGGAGGCACAUGCAGACAAGCCGCCUUCUGCCGUCGCAAGUGCCUGGAAAGACGUUGUGAGCGUAUCAUCUUGUUCCUCGAACGGGUCUGCGCCAUCCCCAGCGUUAAAUAUCGUCACUUCUCCAAGACUUGACCUCAGCUGCGUGAAACAGGAACCGCCCUCAACGCCUCAAGCAAACGCGGCAUCACCCGAAGAGCAGAGAAUCGAAGACGCUCCAAAACAACUGUACAGUGAAGAUCAAAACAGAGCCGGGCUCCUCGGGCGAAAGUCCUGCGCCUUCGAAUCUUCCAGCAACUACUUCGUGUUUUUCUUCUUCUGCUUCUACUACUACAAGUACCACUACUACUACUACUUCUUCUUCUACCUGCAACCACAACAGCAGCAACAGCAGAAGAAUUCAGCGUCAGCACCGACACCACCAAGCGGUCCAGUCACUCCGAUCAUCAAACGAUUUAAGCAGGAACUCCCUGAUGAUGACGAUGAAGACGAUCUGAGCAAUUUUUCAGUCACUCAGACCUCAUAUUUGAACCAAUAUCAAACUAGCAACAGCUCAUACCGAUCGUUAUAUAACGGUUGUUCUCCGGUGUCCAACUCGGGCCCGCUCCCGAGUCUUCACCAGCUCCAGCCGAGUCUUCAACCGUUAGCGUCAUCCGCUCUGUACAGCAGUCCUUCGCUGUACCAUACCAUGUCGCAGAAUCCGUCGUUGCCUCCUGUUACCCCGGGUGCAACCACACUGCAACCGGUCAAGAUAGAAGAUGUUGGUGAAAACUCGUGCUGCAGCACUGGUUCAGACACUUCUCGAAUGGCGACGGACUCGCCAAAGCUCGAGAACAUGAGGUUUCCUCCUCACUCGUCGCGAUGUAGCACCGAAUAUACAUCGCUGGGUCACAUGUCGAGUCCGGGCUUUAACCAGCCUCCGGUAGGAGGCCUAACCUAUCAACAGCUCACUAGUGUUGGCUCCCAUCACGUUUCGGCGCAGAACAACUGUGACAAUCCAGCCACGGCUUACAACGAAAUGAACAAAUCGAACGAGACCUUGAAAACAUUGACAUAUCCUGGUGAGAGAGAUGAAGAGGAGCCCCCUUUGGUCAUAGACGAGGGUUUGAGACUCGGUCAGCAGGGUCCUCAGGGCACCGGAGGUCCGCCAAGUGGAGGGAAUGGCAACGGUGGCCGCGGCCCCGGAGGACCCCAAGGACCCAGCCGGUCUGUGCUUGGCCACAACAGCGUUCUAGUGACCGGUCAAGGAGGCUCCCCGAUCCAUUCAACUCAGCCUUCAAUGCUCGGUACUGUCGGCGGCGUUAUAGACGACGAUCUCAUUUCGGGUGGAACUAGAACACCCGAGUCGCCCAAUCGACGGACACCUGAUGGAACCAUGAAGGAUAGCAAGUGCCCCACUCCGGGCUGCGAUGGGACUGGCCACGUCACUGGCUUAUACUCGCAUCACAGGAGUCUGUCUGGAUGUCCAAGGAAGGAUAAAAUUACCCCUGAAAUUCUGGCUCAACAUGAGACGAUACUCAAGUGCCCUACGCCAGGCUGCAACGGCCGCGGUCAUGUGAACAGCAACCGCAACUCGCAUCGGAGUCUGUCGGGUUGUCCAAUAGCGGCUAUGGAGAAGCUGGCUCAACGGGAACUGAAGGGCGCGCAGGCGAAGCAUCAGCAGCACCAAGCCGCCCAUCAACAAACUCAGUCCGCUCAGCUGCCUUCUACUGCGCAAUCGGACCGAGUACUGCGCCCCAUGUGUUUUGUGAAGCAACUAGAUGUCGGUGACUACAAGUACCCUGGCUACGUGGCACAGACCACACCGAGGACCCAACUAGCGAAAGAAUUGGAGAAGUACUCACGGCCUCCUGAGUAUAUCGUGCCCCCCGUGGGCGUAAUGGGAGUGGGCGGGAUGAGCGGCGGGUAUUAUCCUUCGACGCCUCCGCAGAGAUUACCACAAGGCUCACCCGGCAUUCUUAGUAAAAGUCAAGCAACUUCUCCCGAUUCGUCCCCUCCAAACUCCCCUAACUGCCUGCCAGGAGGAUCCAAACCCUUCGGGGCUACGGGGUGUUCCGAGCAGACAGAGCCGGUUGAUUUCAGCACGGCGCCUCCCGGGCAUCACCGAGAGUUCGCUGGUUACGACUAUGAAGCCAGCACACCAACAAAUCACUUUAUAUCCGCCAUUGAGCAUGACAGAUCAUUGGCCGUCGCAGGACCACCAGCAGUCACAUCAAUCGCAGGAACGUUCCCUAAUCUGAACCAGAGCCAGGGAGGAUCCAACGAACUGAAGUGCCCCACACCGGGCUGCGACGGCACGGGCCACAUAACCGGUAACUACUCGACGCACCGAACCCUUUCCGGUUGUCCGAGAGUGGGUCCCGGCCAAGUCAGAGCCUUGUAUAAGACGGCUUCGUUUGCUGACAAAGCGGAUGCUGGAGGAAUGGAGCCCCUCCGUUGUCCAGUACCUGGAUGCGAUGGAUCUGGACAUGUGACGGGAAAAUUUCAAACGCAUCGGAGUGCUUCCGGCUGUCCUAUUGCCAACAAGAACAGGAUCCGACAUGAAUAUUUUCUCUCGGGAGAUUUCAUGACAUCCUCGUUCAGGCCGGACCCUAAUUGCCUAACAUCGGGAUCUGAAGGCAACGGGAACGCAAACGGCACCUUUCUCUCCCACAGAGGCCAUUCAGGAUGUUCUCGCGCCAGCAGAACUCAAAACAAAGAGGUCGAAGAUGACGGAUCAGGAAGCAUCCUAAACCAGGACCAACAAGAUAUCAGGGCACUCGACGAAGAAAUAGCCGACCUUCAAGAAUACAACGCCAAAAUGGAGUCAGAAAUGCAGCGCAUACGGGCAGGGAUUUACAACGCGGAAACUCAGUGUCGCAUGGCUGAAACCGAUAAUCUAGCACUUGAGGAAAAAACUCAAGGCCUCCACGAGUACUACGAGUCGCUGAAAACAAACUUCAUCCAACUUUUGGACCGUACGAACUUGGACGAGAAGCCCACUUCAGAAAAUUUCGACUCGUACCUCGCGAGGCUGCAGUCUCUGUGCAUGGAUACUUCGAAAGAAGACAACCGACUACUGUUUUCGACCGUGCGCCAAGCACUCCAAGACUUCAACAUGUCGAUCGAUCAUCCCAACGGAUGGGUCCGAUCGUAG